UGACGGGUGUCCUCCCGCUGCUCCGUGUAGUGCUCUGCUGCACCGUCUCCAGCAGCUCACUGGCCAAAUCAGGGGGGAGAGGAGGAGCUGCCUCAGAGAGCCAAGAAGAAACUUCCCUGUCAGUUGUGAGUGUGACAGCAACGCGAAGAGCAGCUCGCACACUCGGAGCAUGCAAACCAAACCCAGCAGAGUAAACAUCUUCAUCCAGUGGACUGCGCGUGUUUUCAUCAAGAGCUCUGGUGGAUUGUGGAGUUUUAAAUCCGUGCGUAAAAGACACUUUGGAAACAAUGGAUUUGCUUCUUGAUGGGGCACCUGGACAAUGCGCAUUAACGGAAAAUGUCACUAUUUCGGAAGUUUGAAUCUGUGUUUAGUGUGCAACAGUGAAAAAAGUCCCUGCAGGUAUGAACUCCACAGCAACAACGGGAACAUUUCAACCGCCCACCAUCCCAGCGAUUAUGUUCAUUUUUGGGGUGGUGGGAAACGUCGUGGCCAUAGUGGUUCUGCGAAUAUCACGGAAAGAGCAAAAGGAGACGACUUUCUACACGCUUGUGUGCGGCCUGGCAGUGACAGACCUCCUGGGCACCCUGCUGGCCAGCCCUGUCACCAUCGCCACCUACAUGAAGGGCUCGUGGCCGGGCGGCGACCCGCUGUGCCAGUACUCCGGCUUCAUCCUGCUCUUCUUCUUCUUGGUCCAGCUCAGCAUUGUGUUCGCAAUGUCAGUGGAGAGAUACUUGGCAAUAAACCAUGCAUAUUUCUACAACGAGUAUGUCAACCAAAAACUCGCUGCGCUCACUCUUUUGUCCAUUUACGUUACCAACAUUGGGUUUUGCGCGCUGCCUAGCAUGGGGCUCGGCCAGGUGAAGCUCCAGAGCCCGAAGACCUGGUGUUUCAUCGACUGGCAGAAUAACCACACAACUGUCGCGACCUUUAAUCUGAUGUACGCAGGUGUGAAUUCAGUCAUCGUGCUGGCCACUGUCAUUUGCAACGUGAUGGUGUGCGGGGCUCUGAUCCUGAUGCACAAGCGGUUCAUCCGCCGCACCUCUUUGGGCACAGACCAGCGGCGCAUCGCGGAGAUCCGGCGCAGACGGAGUUUCGGACGACUAGCUGGAGCAGAGAUCCAGAUGGUGAUCCUGCUCAUAGCCACCUCCGCGGUGGUUCUCAUCUGCUCCAUACCUUUAGUGUUGAGGAUCUUUGUGAAUCAGCUGUACAGAAACCAAAGAGAAGAGUUUGUCGGAUUGAAUAAAGACCUGCUGGCCAUCCGCAUGGCCUCCGUCAACCCCAUCUUAGACCCUUGGAUCUACAUCCUGCUCAGAAAGACAGUGGUCCUCAAGCUGAUGGAGAAAAUUAAAUGUCUGUUCUGCAAAAUGGGCGGGCGGGGGCGAAGGAGCGGCGGGCAGUUCCGCUGUGCCGAGGGGCGCCUCUCCUCCUCCAUCGUCUCCCGGGAUUCUCCGUCCUUGGUGUCACGCGAGCUCCAGGAAGUGGUGAGCACCUCGCAGACCUUCCUGUACCCGUCUGAGGAAAACCUCAGGAGGUCAUUUCAAGCGGGGGCACAGUGCGGCUCCAGUCCGCCAGCUGCACAGACGUUACAGGAGGUGGAGGUGCUUCAGAGGGGGCGUUCACAGACUGAUUUAGGGGACGCAGUGUCAGGCAGGCCUCUGAAAGACCUCCCAAUGUGCCCCAAGGACCCGGCUCUACAUGUGACCUUCACAGACGAGACUGCAAACAUACAGGAGAAAUGCAUAUGAGAGCCCUGCAAAGGCAUGGCGAUAAUGGGAAAGCAUCUGGACGCUGAACUGAUCAUCCAUCAGUCUGUGGAUAUUUAGCGCUAAUAAAAGGAUGUUCGACAUGUAUUAUUGAUCAUCAGCAUCAUCAGUGCAUUACUCCUCACUCAUAUUUCACCACAAACACCGCACCACUGAAUACGCUUCAGUGCAGUCACAACAGUUGUAUCAACAAAACCACAUAGAACAACAGGACGUUGUCAAGGAGCUCUUUUGUUGCACUUUUUGAAUUGUAAAACCACUGCUGGGCUGUUCGAAAAUGUCUGGUUUUGUUGCAUUUUCAUGACCUGCACAACGGGCCGCAAAGAAUUGACGUUAAAAUGUGAACAGUGUUCUGUGAUGUUAAUUUAUUGUAAGUAUGGAUUUGUACAUUAUUGUCUUCUCUGUGAGAAGGUCCAGAUAGUUUGGAGCCAUUUUAAAUUGGUACAAGAUGAAUAUGCUCAUAGUUUGUUUUUGUUUUGUUUUGUUUUUUGGUACAUUGUACAUUUGCACACAAUUUGGCCAAACUGGUUGACAGAGCAGCUCUAACAUUAGUGAGAAUCAUACCAUUCCCUGCAAUAAAAGGCAGCUAUACCCUGGCUUCCACAAUACAGACAGAGGAGGAUGUUAGGAGGCCUCCUAAUGUAAUGUCUCAAUAAAAAAAGGUGCUAACUGACUCUUUUCAGCCCUUUACUUUUUAUGGAUUAAUCCAACUUCAUCUUAUAUCACCUUAAUGUGGAGUCCCUCUCAUCUAAUCAGACUUUAUGGGGAAAUUAAGAAGGGGAAUGAAAAUUGAAGAUAUUAAGUUUCCGGUCUGAUAAGUUUAAAGGUUGGGCCUUUUCUUCCAGUGGACUUUCUGGUGUAACACAGCAUUUAACUGUCGCUCAUGCUCGAUCAUCUCAUGUCCAUGUUUCAAUCUUACAGCCGGUGUCAAAUUUACCACAUGAGGUUGACUCACUUGUCAAAAAUGUUCCAAAUGUGUAUGUACCAAACUCAUAAACUGAAAAUAAAA